AUGAAAAGUUACAAACAUAUGGAUAAAGAAGCCAACCAACGUUUUCUGAAAAAGGGGCCUUCUGUUAUUUGGUUCCACUUGAGUGGCAUUUGUGUGGCCCAACCUGUUUAUAAGGUCAUUUGGGGGUCACAAACUGAGGUGCUGGACCUCAUGGCUCACCAACCCCAUCUGAAUUCCCUGCACUCUCUCAACCCUUUCACGGUGAAAACACCAUACCCAAGUUCAACCUCUAGCAAGAUAAAAACCCUGCUUCAAUCCUAUGUCUUUCGACAUGUGUGCCAUGUAUUCCAUGCCAUCAUCAAUGCCAGGUCCAUGGUCAUGGAGCUUCUCAACGAGAAGAAUAGCAUGGCCGCCAACCACACCAUCAAGCUAAGGAGGAAGAAAAAUAAGAAGCUCCUUGGUUCCAUUAGGAUGCAUUUCAGCUGGUCCUCUUCGCAUGUCAUACCCAUGCCGGAGCCUGCAAGCAUGGAGGUCUUCGGCGCGAGUCACAUGUACUACGACCCGACAUGGAAUUCGAUAAUUUCUACUGAGGAAGGCGAUGAAGACAUUGAGCUGCCACUCUCUGGGUAUCUUCAUUGGCUUGAGGAGAAGAAUUCUGAGGCUUCAGUGAGGGAUGAUGAUGGGAGUGAGAUUGACCAGCUUGCGGAGAAAUUCAUCGCGAGCUGCCAUGAGAAAUUUAGGUUGGAGAAGCAAGAGUCUUAUAGAAGGUACCAAGAGAUGCUUGCUAGAAGCAUAUGA